GGUAUGGUUCGUAAAAAGAAUAAGAAACAUAAUCAAUCCAGACAAUUAGCAACUUCAUCAUUAGCCAAUAAAAUGCAGUCUAAAAGCCUUAUAUUAAUAGAAACAGAACUACAAGAACUUAUACGCUAA